AUGUCCGAUUCUGAAGACCCCAUCGAUAUCCCCGACGACGGAGGCGACGAUCUCUUCGGAGAUGAUGACGAUGACGCGAUUUCUCAGAAAGAAAACGUCCUGAGCGACCGUGAACUUGCGUCGGAUAGGGAAGACGGUGAAGCGGACGCGCGCGGUCGCGAAGACGACGAGGGGCCCCAAGAAUUCCGCGAGCAGUUAGUCGCCGAGGUCCCGCUGUAUCGGCAUCGCAUUCCGCGCUCCAAGGAUGGCGGCCUUCACUCUCUCCGCGUCCCGGACUUCAUCAAAUUCAACCCAAUGGAAUACAAGGCCGAUGAAUGGCAGCCAAGCAGAUGGGAGCUCGACAAUGCAAACUCCGAAAGCCCUAUGCCCUCCGUCAUGUUCCGCCGCGACCCAGAGACGGGCCGCAUGCAGAGCAACGCAAACAUCUACCGCUGGAGCGACGGCUCCGUCACGCUCGCCAUCGGAAACGAGCACUUCGAGAUCCAAUCCAAGCCUCUGGCACCCCCGCCCAACAAGCCCUACAACGAAGUGCAGGACGCGCACUACUACGCGGCGGCCGCCCACCUCACGACCAACUCGCUGCUGAUCGUGGGCCAUGUCACAGAGCAGUACACGGUCCGGCCGAAUGAGGAGCUGCAGGAUCAUGCUCUGGAGCGGCUCAAGGCCGAGCUCGCGGGCGCCAAGAAGGACCGCACCUCCGACAUGAUCAUUGCCACGAACCAAGACCCAGAGCUACUGAAGAAGCAGGCCGAGCAGGCCGAGAAGGAGCGCGCGAAAGCGCAGCGCCGAAAAGAGACGGCAGCUGCUCGCGCGGACGGCAGUUCGCGGUACAAAGGCGGCUUGCUCUCCGUUGGCGAUCUUGAAGGGCGGCGGGGCGCAGGGGGUGCUGGGAGAAAACGUGGUGCUACCGGCGGACCCAAGAAGCACCGGGCUCCGGACUAUGACACCGAUGAUGAGCCUACGGGGAAUCGCCGCGCGAACGAUUAUGAUAUGGGAGACGGCUUCCUGGUAGACAGCGACGAGAGCGAGGAGGUGGAGGAUGAUGACGAAGAGGAAGAGGAUCUCCUGGAUGACGAGGAUGAGGAGGAGGAGGAUGAGGCGCCAAAGCGGAAGCGGCAGAGGACCGCUGAGCCGGACGAGGACGCCGAGGGUGACGAGGAAGCCCCGGUCCAUACGGAAUCCAAGGGUCGGAGACGGCGGGUCAUCGCAGACGAUGAAGAUGACGAGUAG